AUGAAUGUUUGUAAAAAGCUAUCUCAAUCUCAAAACUGUUUCUCCUACAAAAUAGGAAAUCUGGAUAUUGAAUCUGUGAACAAAUUUAAAGAUUUAGCAUUUUUCUAUAAUGAUUAUAUAGGUUUCAACAUAACAGAGCACAAGGUUGCGAGUUCCAGCUCCAAAGACGUGGACCACUACUCCCACCACCAGCACAAUCAUCCAUCUGAUUCAAAUGAUGGAAGAAGUAGAAGACCAAGUUACAACCCUUCGUCAUCUUCAUCGCUGCUCAUGCCCCACAUUCACGAUGCCAAUGAUGUCCCUUUGAAAAAUUCCAUAAGUUUGCUUAAAACUCGGUUGGCCAACUCUCCCUACCUACCAAAUGAUUGUAAGUAA